CGUGAAAAAAAAUAAAAAAAAAUCAAGUAAAAUAAAUAGAAAAAAUAUUUUAACAUGCAAACAGUUUAAAAAAAAUCUAUGCUUUAAAUAUUUAGGUUUGCUAAAUAACUAAUGUAAAUUGCAAAGAAAAUAAAACAAAAAACUUAAUAAUAAAAUAUUUUUAACAAGUUUAUGCGACAAAAUUUUUAUAAUAAAUAAUUUAAAACCCUGUACUUGCACAAUGACCCAUCAUCAAAAUAUUAAUGUUGUUAAGUGGUUUGUAAAUUCUAAAAUCACAACAAAUGUUUAUUUAACAACAAUUGCUACAACAACUACAAAAACAACAACAACAACAAUAAAACCAACAUUAAAAAUAUUUAUAAUAUUUUUAUUAACAAUACAAAUAAAUUGGUUAAAUUGCAAUGCUCUGCUACUCAAAUGUCCUCUAUAUCAAAUGCAUUUACAAAAAAUUGUUGGUUUUCGACCACCACUCGAAUAUUUAACUGAACGUAAUUUAAUUUAUGCACCAGCAAAUAAUUAUAAAGAUCGUAAUCGAAUAGCAAGAGAUGGUUAUUCUAUAAACGAUAAUCAAAUGGAAAAUAAUACAGCAGCAAAUUUUGAAACUACAGUUAGUUCCAUGUGCUGGAGAAUUUGUAAUGAUGAUGAUGCCUGCAUAGCCUAUGUACAUCUUUUGGAUACACACGAAUGUUACGGUUAUUCGUAUUUCGAAAGAAUCGAUAAUUAUAUGGCAGUGGGCAAUGAAUUACCUUUAGUGGCUGAUGGUGAAGCAAUAUUCUAUGAAAAGACCUGUUUAAGAGUACCCGAAAUGUGUAAGAAUCGUUUGUGGACCUUGACAAAAAUACCCGGAAAUAGUUUAGUAUUCCAGGGAAAGAAAACAAUAAGCACUUUGGUCACGCGACGUGAAUGUGCUGAGAAAUGUUUAUUUGAACACGAAUUCUCAUGUUUAUCUGCAUCGUUUGCUCCCUCCUAUCGCAAUAAUCAUGAACGAUUUAAUCAGGAUAAAAGUUUAGCAGCACGACAACAUCAAACGACAUUGGGUCGUUGUAUCUUAAGUGAUAAAGAUAAAAUGAUACAACCAGAUGCAUUUCGAGCUGCGCCCUAUGAUGAGGAGUACAUAGAGAAUCAAUGUUAUGAGAGACCUGUAGAAAAUGAUCAUUGCUCAUAUGAACUGUAUGCAAAUAGUACAUUUUUGUAUGCAGAGUCUAAAAUAUCGGGUCUAAAUCAGAAGGAGUGUCAAUCGUAUUGUUCGCAUGAGACUAGAUUUUAUUGUCAAGGAGUUUCAUUUUACUAUGAAAAUGAUAUACAAAGAUCAGAAUGUCUAUUGCACUCGGAAGACAUUAUAUCGAUGGGUCCAAGAAGUUUAAAACUAAGAGAGAAUUCGGUCUACAUGAGAAGAGUAAAAUGUUUAGAUGUACAAGUUGUUUGCACUCAAGACGAUAUGUCGAUACGUUAUACACCUAAAGAUUGGUUUCAGGGGAAAAUGUAUGUUAGCAUGCAUUCAAAAGAGUGUAUGAUUCAAGGAAAUGGUACUAAAAGUACGGUGCUAAAAUUGAAAAUCGGUAAUGAAGCCAAAGAAAAUAAAUGUGGUAUACUAAGAGCUUAUGAAGUAACUAAAGAAUAUAGAAGAAUUUUCAUUUCAACUUUGGUGGUUAUACAAAAUAAUCCCAAUGUACAAACCCAGGGAGAUCGUCUAAUAAAAGUUGGUUGCAUUAUGAGUAAUGUUACUUUAAAGGAAACACGUAAAGACGAUAGUGUGGAUAUUAAGUUAGAUGUAACUGAACCAAAGGAUAAUGCUUAUUCCAAUGAUGACGUUACGGAAGAUACAAUGCCCAAUGCCAUAGCUCUAGAAUCUUCUUUGGAAUUUACUCAAAGUUUUUUGCCUAAUGAAGGUUCUUUACAUUACAAUGCCAGCGAUUUUCACCCAAUGCCCAAGAUAACUUUACAAAUUAUAGAUUUAGCUCAUGAUCAUCAAACCAACGAUGUUCAAAUUGGUCAAAGUUUAGAAUUACAAAUAGUGGCAGAAUAUACACAACAGCAACUGAGAGAAUUUGCAACACUCGAAAUGCCACCACUACCAGAUUUUAGAGCCACUUCCCUGAUAGCCAAAACAUUAGAUAAUCAAAACUUUGUACAUUUAUUAGAUGCCCGCGGUUGUCCCACAGAUGCUAGUGUCUUUCCAGGUUUAGAACGUUUACGUACGCCAACGCGUAAUAUAUUGAGAGCUAGAUUUCAUGCCUUUAAGUUUGCCGGCACAUCUAUGGUUAACUUUGAUGUUAAAAUACAUUUUUGUACUAAUCGCUGUCCAGAUGAUAAUUGUCUAAGUUCUACCAAUAAUGCCAAUUGGUAUCCUAUUAUAACGGAAACUCCCACUAGACAGAAAAGACAAAUUACCAACGAUCAGCAAUUGCAACAAUUUAAAAUACAAAAUCCUAUAUACAUAUCGACCGUAAUGGAUGUUAAUGAUGAUUUAACAGACAAAGAAAAUUUAGAACCAUUAAUAGAGAAUAAAACCGAUGUUAUACCAUUAAAUUUCAAUUUAAAUGUAAGAGGACCAGAUAAUACAAAUAAAAAUAGUUUUAUUUAUGGUGAACGAGGUAUACUCCUAAUUGCUGGUAUAGAUGAUCAACUACAUUUGGACAGCAUUUGUGUUAAUCAAAGUCUUCUAAUAGCUUUACUAAUAUUUUGGCUUAUAUUUCAAAUAAUUUUAAUGUUUAGCUGUUGUUAUGUCAUACAAAAAUAUAAACGUUUAGCUUUGAUGGACGAUGAAAGGCGUAAGAUUCAAGAAAGUUUAGAAUAUUUAGAAGGUAGACGUGUACACUGGGCUGAUCAGGGUGGUUAUACACUGUAGUACUGGAUGUUUGGUGAUAAUAUUUUAUAGAAUAGUAUGUUUUUUUAUUAUUGUAAAUUUAUUUAAUAUGUUUAUGUAAAAUAAAUUGUAUCUUAAAAUUACA